GUGUUUCCAACUGUUCAUCGUAUAUAUAUAACACUCCCAAGUCUGAGGCGUUGUCAACAAUUCAUACGCAACUGUGGACAAAAGAUCAGGAGAAAUUCGUCUAGCGUGUAUUUGAAAAGAUGUGUGGUUAUACGUGCAUAAGAUACUUGGUGUUCUUCUUUAAUGUUAUCUUUUUUAUUACUGGUGCAGGUCUCGUGGGAGCUGGUGCAUAUCUAAAGGUAGAGAAAGAUGACUACCUGGAUCUUUGUGAUGACUAUUCCUGGGCAACUGCAGCCAAUCUCCUACUCGCUGCUGGUGUGAUAAUCCUUGUGAUUGCAUUCUUUGGUUGCUACGGAGCUUGGAAACAAAGCACUUGCUUACUAGGAAUUUUUUUCGUGUUCCUUUUGAUAAUUUUCCUCAUGGAACUUGCUGCUGGUAUUUAUGCUGCGGUUGAGAAAAAUAAGGUCGAGGAUGAGCUAAAGAGUUGUUUGAACGGAACGUUUAAAAACGUCCAGGGUGAUAAAGAUCUUAGGAAGAAGUGGAGUGAGUUCGAGGACAAGUAUGAUUGUUGCGGAAUUGACGGUGGAAGCGACUACACCGGGAGUUAUAAGGCUCCAUGUACAAAUGAGUCCUACAAAAACGACGGUUGUUAUGACAAAAUCAAGACAGACCUGGAAGACAAUCUCACUAUUGUGAUUGGUGUUGGUAUUGCCUUUGCUGUUAUCCAGAUCCUUGGCAUGGUAAUGUCAUUAUGGAUGAUCUGCCAAAUCAAGAGUGGAGGAGAUAUGGCCUAGUCAUAUCUAGUCAUAAGUUUUUACAUAGUUUUGUUUUGACAUAGUUCUAUACAGACAUUAGUUAAUCACUAAGAAAUACUUUGUUACACAAGCAACAUAUACUUUGUACAAACAACACGCUCAUAUAUCAUAACCUGUUGUUUUUUAAGCUUUAACGUAUUGCUAGAGGUAAUCUGAUAUUUGUAAUUUAAGGUUUUAUAGUAAUCAGUUUUUCAGUUCCAUAUAGAAUAAAUUCUUAACCAAGGUC